UACGUUAGGAGUUUCAUCGAGGAAUUUCAGUGCGACGAAAAUCGAAUAAAUCUACCUCAAAACCGGUGCUUUAUAACAUCUAACACAAAGAAAAAUAAUAACCAACAUGUCCGAAAGCCAUUUUGACGAGUACGAACACUACAAUUUCGACGAUAAACACGUUUACCCAGGAAAGCAACGGUCGAAGAAAGAAGUGAGCCAGCACACGAACCAUUUCGAUCCGAGUGGACACACAAGGAAAAUCGUCACGAAAUUAAUGAACACUGAGAAGAAUAGGAAGGUGGUCGAAGUGAAAGCGAAAAAUUAAAGAAAAAGAACGGAUGUGAUUAUUUUUUUUUAAAGACGAUCGAUUUUUGCGCUUUGUUUUUGACGAUUUUGGUUGUGGAUUAUGAAUAGAGGUUUCUUUCUGUGAUUUUUGGGUUUGGAA